AUGGACACUAUAUCAUCCAAAGUUGGCGAGUGCCUGGCUUUGUAUCGCCGUCUCCUCGCUCUUCCAGCAGAAUCCAACCGACCCGGAACCCCUUCGAAAGCGUCGAGACUGAUCGCCACCCGUGAGCAAUUCAUUCUCUGGUAUUCAAACAUUGGCGCCCAUCAAAAGGGCCGUGGAUCGUUGGAUUACCGUCUUCGAGAAGCCUCUCACCUCCGUGAUCUGGUCAUAGAGAUCUUGGACCGACUCAGUCGUAUCCUGGCAGAAGGUUAG